GAACUAUAAAAGUGGGAAAUGCCUAGUUUUAACACCGAGUGCCUUGGCAUUUUCCACAAAGUCAUGUUCUACUCGUAUCCCUACAAGGCGCUCAGUUUUCCCAUUCAGUGCGUUUGGCUGAAACUGAAUGGCUCCUGGCCAGUAAGCGAAUCAUCGAGGCCAUGGAAGAGGCAAUCCUUUUUGGCCACCGCCUACAUAGUGUGGGCGUGGUACGUUGUUGCAUCCGUGGGCAUAACAAUCAGUUUCCAGACCACUUUUCUGCUGAACCACCUUUCGGAUAUCAUCAUCACCACGGAGAACUGCUGCACCACCUUCAUGGGAAUCCUGAACUUCGUCCGGCUGCUUCACCUGCGCCUCAAUCAGAGCAAAUUCCGCCAGCUGAUUGAGAACUUCUCCUACGAAAUUUGGAUACCUGACUCUUCAAAAAACAGUGUUGCUGCGGAGUGUCGCAGGCGCAUGGCUACGUUCACCAUAAUGACAUCCUUGCUGUCCUGCCUGAUUAUAAUGUACUGUGUCCUGCCGCUGGUCGAGAUCUUCUUUGGACCCGCCUUCGAUGCGCAGAACAAGCCGUUUCCCUACAAGAUGAUCUUUCCGUACGAUGCCCAAAGCAGCUCAAUCCGCUAUGUGCUGACCUAUGUGUUCACCUCCUACGCGGGAAUCUGCGUGGUCACCACAUUGUUUGCAGAGGACACCAUCUUUGGCUUCUUCAUUACCUACACUUGUGGCCAAUUCCAACUGCUACACCAACGAAUUGCCGGACUAUUCAGGGGUUCCAAUGCGGAUUUGGCCGAGACCAUUCAGCUGGAGCGCCUCAAACGUAUUGUGGAAAAGCACAAUAAUAUUAUCAAUUUCGCCAAGCGCCUGGAGGACUUCUUCAAUCCGAUUCUCUUGGCCAAUCUAAUGAUUUCAUCAGUUCUUAUCUGCAUGGUUGGGUUUCAGAUAAUAACUGGUAGAAAUAUGUUCAUUGGAGACUAUGUGAAGUUCAUAAUUUACAUAUCAUCGGCCCUUUCACAAUUAUACGUGCUUUGCGAGAAUGGAGACGCAUUGAUAAAACAGUCCACUUUGACAGCCCAAAUUCUGUAUGAAUGCCAAUGGGAAGGAUCCGAUCGCAUUGAGUCUGAUUCCCCCGCGCCAACGAGCAAACGAAUCCGAAAUCAUAUUUCGUUUAUGAUCCUCUGCAGCCAACAACCCGUAAGGAUUACGGCUUUCAAAUUCUCAACGUUGUCCUUGCAAAGUUUUACGGCCAUUCUAAGCACCUCGAUAAGUUAUUUUACCUUGCUGCGGUCAGUUUACUUCGACGACGGAAAGAAACAGGACUAAAUGAAUAUGCGUAUUUUAGUAGGCAACUUUUUAGCAAUGUUGUAUAAAAAAAUUAUACCUAAAUAAAUAAUGCUCGAAAGGUAGAAGGCCACACAGUGCUAAGCUCGUGGCGAAAUCUUCAA